ACGAAACGUUAUUGUUGAUCAAAUUUUAUAACCAAAACAUAACAAAAUCGUGUAUGAAAAAAAUGUUUACAUAUAUGUUUGAUUAAUAAUCUUAUUAAAAAAUGAUAAAACUUCAGUUUCUAAGAAAUAAUUGUUAAAGUAAUAUUUAAAAUGGAUGAAACUAAGAUUCCUUUACCUGAAAUAUUAAAAGAAGCAAUUUUAGAACUUGAAGAACCAAUCUUAUUUCGAGGCAUAAUUAAUAGUAAUGAUUGUAAAACCAAUUGGAAAUUACUUGAAAUGGAUAAUUUUAUAAAAUUAACUGAAGAUAUGCCUUUAGCUUUCAGAGUUGGAUUAAAUGCAAAAACUUCUGAGCCUCAAUGGGACAUAGAUUGUCCAGUAAAAAUGAUGACAAUGAUGGAGUUUUUAGAUAUAGUUCAAAAUAAUAAUAUCAACAAUGAAAAAUGGUAUUAUUUUGACUAUAAAUAUAUGCAUGAAUGGUUCAAAUUAAAGCCAGAAAUUUUAAAAGCCGUUGAUUGGAAGCCUUUUGGAUUUGAUAAAUCUGGAGAAGAUUCAACUCUAUGGAUUGGAAGCAAAGGAGCUCAUACAAAUUGUCACCAAGAUUCCUAUGGAUGUAAUUUAAUUGCUCAAUUACAUGGCAAGAAAGAAUGGCUCCUUUUUCCACCAAAUUCUGGCGAUGAUUUGAAACAAACGAGAGUUCCAUAUGAAGAGUCAACAAUAUAUAGCAAGAUAAAUUUUUUUUGUCCAUCAAAAGAUGACGAAAACGAAGUAUUAAAAUUUAUUGAAACUCCAAAGUUAGUUAUAUUAGAGCCAGGAGAUGUUUUAUUUGUUCCUAAAGGAUGGUGGCAUUAUGUAGAAUCUUUAGAUACUACUUUAAGUGUCAAUAUCUGGUUACCAUUGGAUUCUGAUGAUGAAGCCCGUUUAAAAGAAGCUAUUGUUAAAUUAAUUAUGACGAGAUUAGGAGAGGGUCUUCCCUCAGCUGAAGAUAGUGAUAAGUUUGAUAGUCUUCAAAAUUCUAUUUUACUAAUUAAAGAAUGUAUAAAGCAAUGCCAUCAACUAGAAAAAAAAAACAAUGAAGAAAUUUUUAAAAAAAAGAAAGCUAAUUGGAAUCCAUCAAAGUUAGCCCAGGAAUAUCCACUACAUAUAAAUAAACUAUUAAGUUUAAGUAAAGAAGAAUUAAAAGACUUUUUAAUAAAUAAGCGUGAACGAUUUUCUUCAAGCAAUGAUAUCAAUUGUUCAACCAUCAAAGCAUUUUCUGAUAAAGACGAUAUGUAUAUCGUAAAGUCUAUUGUUGAUACUUUUUGCCACUCAGACGUACUUGAUAAAAUAGUUAAAGUUUUAUUAACUGAAAACCAAUGUUAAACUUGUUUUUUAUGAAUAAAAUUGUCAAUAUUAUUUUUCAA